GCCUCAAAACUGCAUCGGCCAGCACUGACCAGCGAAAAAUUCACUAUCUUUGCAGCAAAAGCCAACGAUCUCUCGCCACCGCUGUCACGACCAGCAGUGACCUCAGCAUUCAUUUCUAGCUUUAUCGGUAGCAUCGAUACUUGGCUAGCUACGAAACUACCCAACAAGACAAGCCCAUGAUCAAGCCACUCCUUGCGUUCGUGGCGUUUCUCUGUGUGAUUGUGUUUGUUGAAGGAGGCAGCUUUUCAGCCGCUAAGGUUCCCCGUGUCCGCAAACCGGAGGGCACUGGUAACGCCAAGGACAUCCGGCAACGACAGCUCCAUCAAGGCCACGGUGUCGAGAGCUACCACCACCUCGGUACGAAUCCUGAAACAGGGAGAACCCACUUUGCCUACGAGGUAUAUGACAACGACUACGGCUACGGCUACGACUACGCCUACCAACCAGCACCACCAAUUGUGCCGUUACCACUGUACAAUGGCUACCACUAUGGCAAUGACUACUACUAUGAUGACUACUACAGCAAAGGAAGCAAAAACAGCAAAAGCAAGGGAAGCUAUUAUAGUGGAGGCAACUGGAGUCCUCUCCCAGUUCCCGUAGCUGGAUACGGAGGCUCUUAUGGAGAUGAUUACAUGGGAGGCAGCAGCAGCUAUGGAGAUGACUACAAUGGUGGAGGAAUCUAUGGCGGAGGCUACGGCGGAGGCUAUGGUGGAGGCUAUGGUGGAGGCUAUGGCGGAGGCUAUGGCGGAGGCUACGGCGGAGGCUACGGUGGUCCUUAUGGAGACGACUACAACGGAGGAGGCUACUACAGUGGUCCAAGCUAUGGUGGCCCUCCUGGAUACUAUGGAAACGGAUGCAGUGUGCUUGGUGGCUUCCUCUACUGUGAAGGAGGUAACGACUACUACUAUGAUGACUACUACAGCAAGGGCAGUAAGAGCAAGGGCUCAAAGAGCAAGGGAAGCAAAAGUAAGAGUAAGAGCAAGGGCGGUCCCAUCGUUUUCCCUAUUCCCUGCGGAGCUCCUGGAGGGCCUCCAUGUCCCUGUGGAACUCCUGGGGGGGCCCCGUGUCCCUGUGGAACACCUGGUGGACCCCCCUGUCCUUGUGGAACUCCUGGUGGUCCCCCAUGCCCCUGUGGCACCUAUGGUGGGCCACGAUGCCCUGAACCACACCCAUGUGGUACCUAUGGUGAACCACCAUGCCCCUGUGGAAUCCCUGGUGAACCUCCCUGUCCCCACACCCAUGAUGACUUGGUCCCUCAUGAACACGAGGUUGAAAUCCCAGAUCAUGACCACCCCAUUCCAUGUCCACCAGGCUCCAAGGGUUCUAAGGGAGGCAAUUGUGGAUAUGGAAGCAAGGGGUCGAAAGGCUCCAAAGGCAGCAAGGGCUCCAAAGGUGGAUACUGGGGUAGCAAGGGAUCCAAAGGAUCUAAGGGUGGCUACUACUAUGACGACUACUAUGGUUAUGGAGAUGACUACUACUAUGAUGACUACGUCUCUACUGGCCCCGUUGGCCCGACUGAUGACUAUUACUCUGGUGGCUAUGGAGAUGACUACUCUGGCGGAGCCGACUUCGUCACUACUGGCCCCGCUGUCCCAAUUGAUGACUUUUACUCUGGUGGAUACGGAGAUGACCCUCCUUCAUACGCAGACGACUAUUACACUGGUGGCCACGAUCACAGCCACGAUAAUGGCCAUGAGCACGGCACUGAUCACGGCCAUGGCACUUUUAUUACAGAUGACGACGAUGGAGCCACAGAUGACGCCGAUGGAGCCACAGAUGACGAAGCUGACCAUGGCAGUGGUACUUUCAUCACAGACGACGCCCAGAUUAAUGGAGAUGACGGCCAUACUCACGCUCAUGGAGAUCACACGCAUACUCAUGGAGACACCGUAACAGAUGAUGGCAGUUCUGUUGACGACGGAGUGGGUGGCACAGUGGAUGAUACCACGAAAGAUACCGCGGACGACACUGUGGAUGACACUGUGGAUGACGCGGUGAACGAUGAUAGAAGCAACCCUGUCAUUGCAGCCGCAGAAAGCGAGAUCGUAGAACCCGAAGAUCCCGGCCCCAGCACUUUGACGAUAGUGGGACUUGCUCUGCUGUGUUUUGUGCUGCUCUUGUUUGUUUGUUUCUUUUGCUUCCGUGCAAUGCGAAACCGACGCGACCGUCUCGCAGAUGAUCCAGACCAUGAUGACACCAAAAAGUUGAUGGAAGAUAAUGACAUUGAACAAGCCUUUUCACUGCCAACUAUCCAAGAAGGAGACAGAGGAUACGACUCAGAAGAUCAAGGAUUUGAGGUUGGACUCCCAAGCCUUGGCGAAAACUACCAUUAUUCCAACGGAAACAGCAAGUCAGUGGGCGCCGAGUCUGGCGUCCCUCCUCCGGAGCUUGAAGUCUUGGAGGAUGAAGUACAGUGGAAGGCCUACGUGAGUUCUCUUAUUGGAUACAAGGAGAAGAAUGGUAACUGUCUUGUGCCAUUUGAUUACGUAGACCCCAGUAGUGGCCUUCCCUUGGGUGUAUGGUGUUCCCUGCAGCGAUACAAGAAGCAGGCCAAUCAACUCUCUCAAAACAAGGUUGCAGAGUUGACUGACCUUGGUUUUGUAUGGGAGCUACAAGAAGAUGACAAACUAUUUAUUGAUGAUGAGGAUGAUAUUCAGUGGAACUCAUAUGUGCAAGCCCUUGCUGACUACAAAGCAGAGCAUGGACACUGCUAUGUGCCAUUCAGCUACAUUGAUCCAAAGAGUGGCCUACCAUUGGGCGCAUGGUGUGCCCUGCAGUGCUACAAGAGGAGAUCCAAUGAAUUGCCACACCAGAAAAUUGCUGAUUUGGCACAGCUUGGCUUUGUUUGGCAGCUUAGGGAGGUUGAUGGCCUAGGCCCAAUGGAAGACUUCGAAGAUGACAAUGAAUGGGGGACCUUUGUACAGGCCCUGGUUGACUACAAAGCUGCCCAUGGAGACUGCAAUGUGCCAUUCUGCUACAUUGACCCUAAGGAUGGCCUUCCAUUGGGGGCUUGGUGUGCCCUCCAGAGGUACAAAUGGCAAGUCAAUGCUCUUUCCCAAGACCAAGUGGAUGAGUUGUCUGAGCUUGGUUUUGUCUGGAGCUCCCAAGAAGUCACUGGGGCAUUUGGUGAAUUUGAAGAUGAAUCCUCCUGGAAGCACUAUGUGAAGGCACUUGAGGAAUACCAAGCAGAGUAUGGUGACUGUAAUGUUCCAUUUGGCUACAUGGACCCCAAGACGGGCCUUCCACUGGGCAUCUGGUGUGCGUUGCAACGUUACAAGUGGCGGACCAAUGAACUCUCCCCUGAGAAAGCAAUUGAGUUAUCUCAGCUAGGCUUUAUCUGGCAGUUACAAGAUGGAGAUUUCAGCAGCCCAGAGCAAUGGGAGAGCUAUCUGAACUCACUCAGUGACUACAAGGCGAAGUAUGGGAAUUGUUUGGUUCCAUAUGGCUACAAGGACAAACAAGGCCGUCCAUUGGGCAAAUGGGUACACCACCAGAGACUCAUUGGCCCUUCGCUUUCAGAAGAGCAACGAUCCAAGCUUGAUGCCCUUGGCUUUGCAUGGCAGGUCCACAGCGGCGCUGAUUUUGAGAAAGGAUUUGCAGAUGAACCUGAUUCCAGCGGUAAGGUCUCCCCUCCAAAAAGGAGAGGCAGCCUCCUGAAGCGCCUCUUCAGCAGCAGGAAAGGAUCCAAGAAGCUUGGAAAUGAAGCAAAUGAGAGAUUCAAUCCUGGGGCCGAAGAAGACUUUGAGCAAGAUUCCCAGUGGGCAGACUAUGUGCAGGCAUUGCGCAAUUAUAAAGAUGAAUGUGGUGACUGCAAUGUGCCAUCCAAUUACGUGGACCCAAACAAUGGCUUACCUCUUGGCUCAUGGUGUACUCUGCAGCGCUACAAAAGGAAGUUCAAUGCACUUUCUCAAGAGAAGAUAAAAGAGCUAUCGGAUAUUGGCUUUGUUUGGAGCUUGCCUGAAGGUGCAAUGGAUUCAGUCCUUGGUGACAUCGAGGAUGAGAAUCAAUGGAAGAGAUACGUGCAAGCCCUUGUUGAGUACAGGGCCGAUCAGGGUGACUGCAACGUACCAUUCAGCUAUAUGGACCCCAAGACAGGCCUUCCAUUGGGCAUCUGGUGUGCUCUGCAGCGUUAUAAGUGGCGGACCAAUGAACUCUCACCUGAGAAAGUGAUUGAGUUGUCUCAGCUUGGCUUUAUCUGGCAGCUACAAGAUGGUGAUUUCAGCAGCCCAGAGCAAUGGGAGGACUAUCUUGAGUCUCUAAGAGGCUACAAGAAGAAGCAUGGUGACUGCUUAGUGCCCUAUGACUACAAGGAUAAACAAGGUCGUCCAUUGGGCAAAUGGGUACACCACCAGAGACUCAUUGGCCCAUCACUUUCAGAAGAACAAAGAUCCAAACUUGAUGCCCUUGGCUUUGACUGGCAGAUUCACAGUCUGACUGGAUUUGAUGAUGGUUUUGCUGAUGAGCUAGAUUCUAGCAGGAAGGUCUCCCCUCCACAAAGGCGAAGCAGUCUUCUCCAACGCCUCUUUAGCAGUAGGAAGGGAUCCAAAUUAGCGAUCGCGGGGGUUGAAGCUGCUACAAACGUUGCACCGUUCAGUGAUGAUGAGUGGGGCGAUUAUGUGCAAGCACUCAAGGAUUACAAGGCGGAGCAUGGUGACACCCUUGUUCCUCGAUCAUACAAGGAUGCAAAUGGUCGCAUGUUGGGUGAGUGGGUGUCAUACCAGCGCGUGCGGCAUGCUACUGGUCAAAUGCCAGAAGACAAGAAAGAUGAGCUUUCAGCGCUCGGCUUUGUUUGGGAUCUUCAACCGGACGAUGACAAAUACAGAAGUGGCCCCACUUUGGACGACGUUAUCGAAGACUGGGAUUCCUAUGUGGCCGCUCUUGCCAAGUACAGGGAUGGUACCGGAGACUGUCUUGUGCCUCUGGAAUAUCAAGACGAAAACGGGCUUCCACUGGGCGAAUGGGUUGCAAAUGUUCGCGAUGUAGCAGCUCAAAACGAGCUACCCCCUGACAAGAGAGACCAGCUCAAUGCACUUGGCUUUGACUGGCAGACCCCUCGUGGCGACGGAUACGGACUCUUUGGUGGCUGUGGAUACGGUCGGUGGGAGACCUACUGUGAUGCUCUUGAAGCAUACAAGGAGAUCCACAGGGAUUGCAAGGUCCCCAUCAAUUACAAAACUAGCAAUGGUCUCGAACUAGGUGCUUGGAUUGCCAAUCAGCGUAAUCGGGCCGAACAGGAUGAGCUGCCUUACGCCAACCGCGAUCGACUCGCAGCCCUUGAAUUUGACUGGGACACGCCACUCAACGCCGACAGCGAGGCGGAAACGCUUGUGUGGGAAAAACACAUCCAGGCCCUUUCAGACUUCAAGGCGGAACAGGGUCAUACGAAUGUUCCGCGAACAUUUGAAGAUCGCAAUGGAGUUGGACUAGGUUCCUGGUGCAUCAAUUUGCACAGCAAGGCCAAUCAACACCAGCUUGGUCCAACGCAACGCAAGAGCUUGAGCGAUCUUGGCUUCGACUGGCACUUUGUCCACAGAGACGACGAGUCCCUCGUGUCUGGAUGUCCCGCCCACAUAGACGUCCAUAGCUGCACAUCGGCUGUGUGCCAGGCAUGCAAAGUACAGGAUCACCAGGACGUGACGUUUGUGCGCACCAACCACUAG